UUAUUCCAGUUCUAACAACAAACUGUAAUUGUUCAUAAUUUAUACUUAACUGACACGAAAUAUCCCAGGAUGAUCCCGACAGAGGAUGCGUCCGCGAGGAAGAGGGAGAUCGAGGAGAAGCUGAGACAGGAGCAAGAGACACUUUCGUUUAUACGAGAAAACUUGGAGAAGAGUGAUCAGCUCACAAAGGGAAUGGUGUCCAUCCUGUCUUCGUUUGAGAGCCGGUUAAUGCAGUUGGAAAACUCCAUAAUCCCCGUGCACAAGCAGACGGAGAACCUGCAGAGGCUCCAGGAGAACGUGGACAAAACCCUGUCCUGCUUAGACCAUGUCAUCAGCUACUACCAUGUGGCCAAGGACACAGACAAGAUCAUUAGGGAAGGACCAUCAGGUCGAUUAGAUGAAUACCUGGCCUGCAUUGCCAAAAUUCAGAAGGCUGUGGAAUACUUUCAGGACAACAAUCCUGACAGCCCAGAGCUUAACACAGUGAAAGCUCGUUUUGAGAAGGGCAAAGAGUUGUUGGAAGCGGAGUUCCGCGGUCUUUUGACUCGCUACAGCAAACCAGUGCCUCCCAUCCUGAUUCUGGAUGCUAUUGGUAUAGACGAGGAGCUGGAGGUUCAGGAGGAGGUGACACUGGAGCACCUCCCUGAGGCUGUUCUCCAAGACAUCAUCUGCAUCUCAGCCUGGCUAGUGGAGUAUGGCCGCAACCAGGACUUCAUGAACGUGUACUACCAAAUCCGCUCCAAUCAGCUGGACCGGUCCAUCAAAGGCCUGAAGGAACACUUUCGUAAGAACAGUGCCUCCUCAGGGAUCCUCUACUCCCCUGCGGUGCAAACCAAACGCAAGGACACGCCAACAAAGAAGGCUCCCAAAAGGCCAGGGACCAUUCGAAAGGCUCAGAACCUGCUGAAACAGUACUCGCAGCAUGGGCUUGAUGGGAAAAAGGGGGGCUCUAACCUCACUCCACUGGAAGGUAACGCUCUCUCUUCUUAUCACCAUUUCCGCGUCAAACAUCUCACGGACACUCUGAGCGACAAGCAUUGUGUGACCGGAGGAAAAGAUGAUGUUCUGGACAUUGAGAUUGACUCUUACAUCCACUGUAUCAGCGCCUUCGUCAAGCUCGCCCAGAGCGAGUAUACCCUGCUGACCGAAAUUAUCCCAGAGCACCAUCAGAAAAAAACCUUCGACUCCCUCAUUCAGGAAGCCCUGGACAACCUGAUGCUGGAGGGCGAUAACAUCGUCUCUGCUGCCCGGCGGGCCAUAAUGCGCCACGACUACUCCGCUGUACUCACCAUAUUCCCCAUCCUCAGGCACCUCAAACAGACCAAGCCUGACUUUGACACCACACUACAGGGCACAGCUGCAAGCACUAAGAACAAACUUCCCACUCUGAUCACUUCUAUGGAAACCACUGGGGCCAAAGCCCUUGAGGAGUUUGCUGACAGUAUCAAGAACGAUAAGGAGUAUAAUAUGCCCAAGGAUGGGACAGUCCAUGAGCUCACCAGUAAUGCCAUCCUGUUUCUGCAGCAGCUGCUGGACUUCCAGGAGACAGCAGGGGCCAUGCUAGCCUCUCAAGAAACAAGCUCAGCAGCAAGCAGCUACAGCUCAGAGUUCAGUCGCCGACUCCUCAGCACGUACAUAUGCAAAGUCCUUGGGAACCUCCAGCUGAACCUGCUGAGCAAGUCCAAAGUCUAUGAAGACCAGGCUCUGAGUGCCAUCUUCCUCCACAACAACUACAAUUACAUCCUCAAGUCCCUAGAAAAGUCAGAGCUGAUCCAGCUGGUGGCGGUCACCCAUAAGAAAGCAGAGAGUUUGUAUAGAGAGCUAAUUGAACAACAGAUUCAGACAUACCAGCGCAGCUGGCUUAAGGUGACAGAGCAUCUCACGGACAGGAACAUUCCGGCCUUCCAGCCCGGCAAUAAGCUGAAAGAUAAAGAACGGCAGGUGAUUAAAGACAAAUACAAGGGCUUUAAUGACGGCCUGGAGGAGCUGUGUAAGAUCCAGAAGGUUUGGGCCAUUCCCGAUAAAGAACAGAGAGACGCCAUCCGCCAGGCCCAGAAGAAGGUUGUCUCUGAGGCCUACAGAGUCUUCAUCCAAAGAUGUGCCAACAUCACAUUCACCAAAAACCCAGAGAAGUAUCACAAGUACAGCCCUGAGCAAGUGGAGGAAAUGAUUGAGGGCCUUUUUGACACUUCCGCUUGAUUGCUGCUCUCUGGUUACCACGGCUACGGAUCCAUGCUACAAUACUACGUUUUGUGCAUUGACACUAUCCUUCAUGCAACUUCCUGCUUCCUGCCUUUCAGAUUUUUCCCAAUGCCAAUCAGAGAUCAAGGUUGCAAGGUCCUUUUUUUCUGUAGAAAUAUUAUUUAUGUAAAAUGUC